AUGCCGGUCCGAAGACUCACCCCGUGGGCUCCAGAGAGUGACCUCUCUUAUAUCGGCAGGUUCCGGGCGUACCAAGACCGGUACUUCCAACCGGUCCCGGGGGCUGAUUCGCCAAACUCGCCGACUGAAGUCGGCAAUCCUGGUCCAGACGAUGGGGCCACCAUUAACCGCUCGGCUGAUGUCGAGAUGACCGGGCUCGAGGAGAGCUCGGGUGAAGCAGAGGGCGCUGUUCCCUCUGUGAACGUCCCGGCUGCCACGCAGCCGGAUGUCGAGAUGACCGGGCUUGAGGAGAGCUCGGGUGAAGCAGAGGGGGCGGGUCCCUCUGUGAACGGCCCGGCUGCCACGCAGCCGGAAGUCCAGGCGGCCGGGCCCGAGGAGGGCUCCGGUGAAGCGGAGAGGGCUGCUCCUUCUGCGAGCGGCCCAGCAACCACGACGCCGGCAGCCCAGGCGUCCGGCGAGAGGGUAAGCGGAGAGUGGCCCGAGCAGGAUCUCGAGCACAUCCUCACCCAUCGCUUCGCUCGCCCGCCGUUGUCCUCGGAGAGAAUCGGCGACACAUUGCCAAGCGGUCGGCGCAGCGGCACCGCCUGCCGUCUGCAACUGCACAGGUUGCGUCGCGGGGUCGAGAGCUUCGAAGCUUUCGGUCAGCUUCCGGUUCGCCAGCAGGAGCUGGUCCAAAGGCACCGGAAAGCUUUCCAGGACUAUAUUGUCCGGUUCCCUUCUACCAAGAGGGAUGGGGAGACCACGGGGGAGACGAAGGAGAAGAAGGGGGAGACGAAGGAGACGAAGGGGAAGGUGAAGAAGGAGGAGGUGAAGGUGAAGAAGGAGGAGACGAAGAAGGGAGAGGGCAAGGGCAAGGGCAAGGCGAAGGAGGAGGAGGAGGAGGAUGAGGUGAAGAAGGAGAAGAAGGAAAAGAAGGAGGAUGAGGAGUAA